AUGUCGACACAAAUUUACUUAGAUGCAAUUAAAGAGAAAUUAUACGGUGAUUCCACCGUCGCAAAAAUUUGGGGAGUUGCAUUGCCUGCGUUGAGCGAGCCAAAACCACGGACUGAAUUUCCUGACUACUCCAAAGGUAAUAGAUAUUCUACCAAGGAUGUCGACUAUUGGACCUCUGGGUUUUUCCCAGGGUCACUUUAUGCAUUAUUGGAGAGAAACGACAAAUUUCCAGACUACUUUCCAUCUAAAAAAAUUCAUCCAGUUAAAUUAGAAUUUGCCGCCAGAUGGUGGUCCCAUCCUUUAAAAUCUAAAUCAACUAAAACCGAUAAUCAUGAUAUAGGUUUUAUGAUAGAACCUUCUUUCAAUAAAGAGCUAGCACACAGUGGCGAUAAGGAAGCGAGAGAUGUACUUAUUACUGCAGCAAACUCGCUUGCUACUAGGUUUGAUACGAAAGUUGGUUGUAUUAGAAGUUGGGAUCAUUUUUUUGAAACCAGACCUUCUUCAUUUGAAAAAGAUUUAAUUGUUAUUAUUGAUAAUAUGUGUAAUUUAAACUUAUUAUAUCGUGGAGCUCAAUUGAACAAUGACUUGCGCUUAUCUACAAUUGCCACAACCCAUGCAGAAACUACUAUGAAAAAUCACUUUAGAGAAGACUGGUCGUCUUAUCAUGUCGUUGUAUAUGACAGAGAAACAGGAAAGGCAGCAAGAAAGCACACGGCACAAGGUUAUUCUGAUGAAUCAUCAUGGACAAGAGGUCAAGCAUGGGGAAUAUUAGGUUACACAGAAACCUAUUAUUUCACUAAAAGUCAAAAGUUUUUAGACACUGCAAAAAGAAUUGUUAAGUAUUACUUGUCCCACUUGCCAGAAGAUGGUGUUCCACCAUGGGACUUUCAUGCUCCAGAUAAAAAUAUCCGUGAUGUAUCAUCAGGUAUGGUAGCCGCCUUUGGUAUGCUUAAAAUUUAUGAGUAUACUGAAGAAGAUGAAUAUUUGAUCAAUGCAUUGAAGCUUGUUAAUGAUUGUACUAAGUUGUGUUUCAAUAAAGAAUCAAAGUUAGACGAUGACGGUACAGUUGAUCUUGGCGAUACUGACACUAUUUUGAAUGGAUCAACGUUUAACAAUAAUCCUAAUGCUCCUGAAGAAUAUAAAAUAUUCGAUCAUGGUUUAGUUUAUGCUGAUUAUUACUUUUUGAUGAUAGGUAACAAAUUAUUAGAGUUGGGUCUUUACAAAUAG